CCUGUUCCUCGAGGCACGCGGCCACAUGUUCGCUCGACGGUCGCCGCAAGUCGCGCGCCGAAGCGGGCUCGAGCCUCACGCGUCCGGCGCUCUCGGCACCAUCCGCCCUGCUCCGCACUGUGGCGUCCGCGGGGGGCGCGGGGGGGAGCGGCGGAGGCACGGCCGACCUCCGCCUCCGACGCUUCGCAGCACGGGAGGCAGGAGGGAAGCAGAAGGAAGGAGAAGACCGAUCGCACGGGAGGAGAGGCAGAAGGAAGAGGGCUCUACCCCUGGGGCCGACGCACCUGCGAACCGCCUAGCAUCGCUACGAAAUCCAGCCGCCGCUCAGACGCUGACGUUCACGGUCCGUCUGUACGCGUCGGGGUCGAUGCGCUUGAUCAUCGAGCUGAUCUGCUUCAGCGGGCGCCACCUCGUAGAAGUCCUGAACCCCGUGCGCGAUCAUGGCAUCGAUGGAUUGAUGCCACAGAACCU